AUGACCGAAAUCUGCCCGGCCGGCGGAGGAAGGCCGGCGGAGGAAGGCCGGCGGAGGAAGGCCGGCGGAGGAAGGCCGGCGGAGGAAGGCCGGCGGAGGAAGGCCGGCGGAGGAAGGCCGGCGGAGGAAGGCCGGCGGAGGAAGGCCGGCGGAGGAAGGCCGGCGGAGGAAGGCCGGCGGAGGAAGGCCGGCGGAGGAAGGCCGGCGGAGGAAGGCCGGCGGAGGAAGGCCGGCGGAGGAAGGCCGGCGGAGGAAGGCCGGCGGAGGAAGGCCGGCGGAGGAAGGCCGGCGGAGGAAGGCCGGCGGAGGAAGGCCGGCGGAGGAAGGCCGGCGGAGGAAGGCCGGCGGAGGAAGGCCGGCGGAGGAAGGCCGGCGGAGGAAGGCCGGCGGAGGAAGGCCGGCGGAGGAAGGCCGGCGGAGGAAGGCCGGCGGAGGAAGGCCGGCGGAGGAAGGCCGGCGGAGGAAGGCCGGCGGAGGAAGGCCGGCGGAGGAAGGCCGGCGGAGGAAGGCCGGCGGAGGAAGGCCGGCGGAGGAAGGCCGGCGGAGGAAGGCCGGCGGAGGAAGGCCGGCGGAGGAAGGCCGGCGGAGGAAGGCCGGCGGAGGAAGGCCGGCGGAGGAAGGCCGGCGGAGGAAGGCCGGCGGAGGAAGGCCGGCGGAGGAAGGCCGGCGGAGGAAGGCCGGCGGAGGAAGGCCGGCGGAGGAAGGCCGGCGGAGGAAGGCCGGCGGAGGAAGGCCGGCGGAGGAAGGCCGGCGGAGGAAGGCCGGCGGAGGAAGGCCGGCGGAGGAAGGCCGGCGGAGGAAGGCCGGCGGAGGAAGGCCGGCGGAGGAAGGCCGGCGGAGGAAGGCCGGCGGAGGAAGGCCGGCGGAGGAAGGCCGGCGGAGGAAGGCCGGCGGAGGAAGGCCGGCGGAGGAAGGCCGGCGGAGGAAGGCCGGCGGAGGAAGGCCGGCGGAGGAAGGCCGGCGGAGGAAGGCCGGCGGAGGAAGGCCGGCGGAGGAAGGCCGGCGGAGGAAGGCCGGCGGAGGAAGGCCGGCGGAGGAAGGCCGGCGGAGGAAGGCCGGCGGAGGAAGGCCGGCGGAGGAAGGCCGGCGGAGGAAGGCCGGCGGAGGAAGGCCGGCGGAGGAAGGCCGGCGGAGGAAGGCCGGCGGAGGAAGGCCGGCGGAGGAAGGCCGGCGGAGGAAGGCCGGCAGCUUUUGUGUUUCACUUAG